GGGUGAGGCGGCCGGUGGGCGGCGGCGGUGCCCCCCGCUCUAGGGUCCGGGUGCGGUUGCUAUGGGGGGCAAGAAGAAGGUGCGCGCCAUCGCGGCGCUGGCCCGGCGGGUGCGGGAAUACUGGGCGCAGCGGGACCGGCGCCAGCGGCGGGACAGCCAGCGGCUGGAGCUCGACUACGGCACCAUGAGGCGGGUGGCCAGCGGCAAGCGGCUCCCGGUCCUCGCCCACCGCGACAUCCGCACCGAGAGCCGCCUCUUCCCGCUGCUCGCCCGCCUGCCGCUCUUCGGCAUCGGCCGCUUGGUCACCACCAAGUCGUGGCUGCUGGCGCACGGCCCGGCCUGUUACUGGCGGGUGGACAAGGUCAGGGUGGACUACACGGCCCAGUCUGAAGAAGGGUCUCGACCCGAAACG